AUUUCCUCCUACGGUGGAUGCGGACGCGGGGAGGAGGAGAGCCCCAGAACGGAGAACACAUAGCGACUCCGAAGAUCAGCCCCAAUGAACAUGUCAGUGUUGACUUUACAAGAAUAUGAAUUCGAAAAGCAGUUCAACGAGAAUGAAGCCAUCCAAUGGAUGCAGGAAAACUGGAAGAAAUCCUUCCUGUUUUCUGCUCUGUAUGCUGCCUUUAUCUUUGGCGGUCGGCACCUAAUGAACAAGCGGGCGAAGUUUGAACUGAGGAAGCCGUUAGUGCUCUGGUCUCUGACCCUCGCAGUCUUCAGUAUAUUCGGUGCUCUUCGAACUGGUGCUUAUAUGGUGUACAUUUUGAUGACCAAAGGCCUGAAGCAGUCAGUUUGUGACCAGAGUUUUUACAAUGGACCGGUCAGCAAAUUUUGGGCGUAUGCAUUUGUGCUAAGCAAAGCACCGGAACUAGGAGAUACAAUAUUCAUUAUUCUGAGGAAGCAGAAGCUCAUCUUCCUGCACUGGUACCACCACAUCACUGUGCUCCUAUACUCCUGGUACUCCUACAAGGACAUGGUCGCCGGGGGUGGUUGGUUCAUGACUAUGAACUAUGGCGUGCACGCCGUGAUGUACUCUUACUAUGCCUUGCGAGCGGCGGGUUUCCGAGUCUCCCGGAAGUUUGCCAUGUUCAUCACCUUGUCCCAGAUCACUCAGAUGCUGAUGGGCUGUGUCGUUAACUACCUGGUCUUCUACUGGAUGCAGUAUGACCAGUGUCACUCCCACUUCCAGAACAUCUUCUGGUCCUCACUCAUGUACCUCAGCUACCUUGUGCUCUUCUGCCACUUCUUCUUUGAGGCCUACAUCGGCAAGAUGCGGAAAACCACGAAGGCUGAGUAGCGCUGGGACUGAGGAGGAAGCCAUAGCUCAGGGUCAUCCAGAAAAAUAAUAGACAAAAGAAAAUGGCACAAGGAAUCACACAUGGUGCAGCUACAACAAAACAUAUGAGCAAACACAAAACCCGAGGCAGCUUAGGGAUAAUUAGGUUGACUUAACCCAGUAAGUUUAUGAUCCUUUUUGGGUGAGGACUCACUGAGUGCACCUCUAUCUCAAAGGACCGCUGCUAGACGACCCCAUUCCCUCUUUAUCUGUCAACUUUGAAACAAAUGAAAGCAAAAGUGAGCCAGAGGCAGAGCGAGAGAGACAUAGAUGGUAAACAACAGCUAUUAACACCGUAUGAAAAGUAUUUACAAAGUGUUAUAUUUCUCUAAGGAUGAAAGAAGUUUACUUUAAAAACUGCAAGCAUCUGCACACACACAAUCCUUUCUAAUCUUUUUGGCACGUAAUAAACUGGAGCCAAUAGAAUAAGUAAAAAUGGAAGACACACAGGGUGUACAUCUGGAACAUUCAUGCUUUUGCAAAAAUUAAAGCCUUUUUAAGAAAGGUUCGUAGCUGUAGCCCCCAUGAGAAAAGAUGUCUUAAUCACCUCUUAUGAAAACUGAUGUAGACAAGUAUAUUUCAGCUGGUGUUUUCCUCUUAGCAACACAGGCUCGGGCGAACCGGUGUGCCAAGACCAAACAGGGCCACAGUAUUUUCCCAGGUUCCUCCCGGGAGGUUGGAAACAAAGCAGCUCAGUGCCGAAUGGAGCCGCUUCGACUCCGAACGUUUCUGGUGGUUGUAACAGUCAUUUCUGCUCUUAAAUGAUAUGGAGCAUUGUCCUUGGUUCUGGUACCCCAGGCUUUUCAAAAGAAGAGUAAACGGGAUAGAAAAGGUAACGGUCAACCGAAUGGUUUGAAAAUGGAUUCUGUAGUACAUGUAAAAAUGUUCAGCCCUGUAUCA